GGAGCGAGGCGCUGCUCUGCCGCGCUGAGGGAGAAGCUGAGGCGGAGGGAAAGAGAGGAGGGGAAAGGAGGGCGGCUCGUUCGCCUUGUGAUGCUGUCGCUUGCUUUCCUCCUCCUCCUCCUCCUCUUUUCCUUCCUCAGGGCGCCAGGCAUUGCUUCUGCUCUUGACAGUAAGUUGCCAAUUAUUAUGAUGAAAAUCCAUAGAAGAUUGCUAUGCCCAGUCACAAAAUGAAGUUCAGCUAAAAAGAACAAGAUAAUUUCUGCACUUUUUCACACUGUUAAAGUUGAUAAGCAUAUUUGAAAUGCAUUGACUUUCUUAUUUGAAGAAACUCAGAAGAUGCAAUAAGGAUAUGCACAACACCAUUCGUCUGCACCUGGUGACUGAACACAGAAGCUUUUCCUCUUUCAAAAUGAACUGACAUAUAUAGUUUCAUACUGCACUGAUCUGCCUCUGUAAAUGUCCCCCCCCCUCCCAAGUUGUCUGGAUUGGAAAACAGUGGGAAAGCAGCAGCUGCUCAUCUUUGGCAGUGGAAGAUUAUGGUGGCGGUUCGGCAGUAGCAAAAGCAGCAGCAGCCGUAGCUGAAGCAGCGGCAGAGCAGGACUCUGCCUGGAUGCAUUUUUCACUGAAAAUCAUCAGCAUCAGAAAGUGCAGCCGGAAGACUUGGCAGCCAAGCAGGAAUUGACAGCAUUUGCAAGAGCGAAAACUGGGAAAGGCAAGGAACGUGGGGGUGGGGGGGCAGCACCAGUUUUUUCCCCCGUGUGCUUCUGGGGAGGGGGGUUGAUUAUCAUGGCGGAUCGGACAGCUCCUAGAAGCCAGCUCCGUCUGGAGUGGGUGUAUGGGUAUAGGGGUCAUCAGUGCCGCAACAACCUGUACUACACAGCGGGCAAGGAAGUGGUUUACUUCGUGGCUGGAGUCGGGGUGGUUUAUAACACCAGAGAGCAUAGCCAGAAAUUUUUCCUGGGGCACAAUGAUGACAUUAUCAGCCUAGCUUUGCAUCCGGAUAAAACCCUAGUUGCUACAGGGCAGGUUGGAAAGGAUCCUUACAUUUGCGUCUGGGAUUCCUACAACGUACAGACGGUGUCUAUUCUGAAGGAUGCCCACACCCAUGGAGUUGCUUGUUUGGCUUUUGAUUCCGACGGCCAGCGUUUGGCUUCAGUGGGACUGGAUGCCAAAAACACAGUCUGCAUCUGGGAUUGGAAGAAAGGAAAACUACUGGCGUCAGCUACUGGCCAUUCGGAUAGGAUUUUUGAUAUUUCCUGGGAUCCCUAUCAACCCAACAGAGUGGCUAGCUGUGGCGUGAAACAUAUCAAGUUUUGGACGUUGUGUGGAAAUGCCUUGACGGCCAAAAGAGGAAUCUUUGGCAAAGCAGGAGACCUGCAAACUAUCCUCUGUUUGUCCUGUGCAAAAGACGACGUUACAUACUCUGGUGCUUUAAAUGGAGACAUUUAUGUCUGGAAAGGGCUCAUGUUAGUCCGCACGAUUCAAGGAGCCCAUGGUGCUGGAAUUUUUAGCAUGUAUGCCUGUGAGGAAGGCUUCGCAACUGGGGGGAGAGAUGGCUGCAUUCGGUUAUGGGAUAUUGAUUUCAAACCAAUAACUAAAAUUGAUCUCAGGGAGACUGAACAAGGAUACAAAGGUUUGUCUAUUCGAAGUGUAUGCUGGAAAGCAGAUAGACUUUUAGCAGGGACACAAGACAGUGAAAUUUUUGAGGUGAUUGUGAGAGAAAGAGACAAGCCAAUGCUGAUCAUGCAAGGUCACUGUGAAGGAGAACUAUGGGCUCUGGCAGUCCAUCCCAAGAAACCUUUAGUGGUUACGGGCAGUGAUGAUCGUUCUGUGCGCUUAUGGAGCCUUGCUGACCAUGCCUUGAUUGCUCGUUGUAAUAUGGAAGAAGCUGUCCGGAGUGUGUCUUUCAGCCCUGAUGGAUCUCAGCUGGCACUGGGAAUGAAAGAUGGCUCUUUCAUUGUUCUGAGAGUAAGAGAUAUGACAGAGGUCGUUCAUAUCAAAGAUAGGAAAGAAGUGAUACAUGAAAUGAAAUUUUCUCCAGAUGGCUGCUACCUUGCAGUGGGUUCUAAUGAUGGCCCAGUAGAUAUUUAUGCAGUUGCUCAGCGGUACAAGAAAACUGGAGAGUGCAACAGGUCUUCUAGUUUCAUCACUCACAUUGACUGGUCUCUGGACAGUAAAUUCUUGCAGACUAAUGAUGGUGCAGGAGAACGCUUCUUCUACCGGAUGCCAUCUGGAAAGCACCUAACAAGCAAAGAUGAGAUAAAAGGGAUUCACUGGGCUUCCUGGACAUGUGUGAUGGGACCAGAAGUGAAUGGAAUCUGGCCGAAGUACAGUAAUAUUAUAGACAUCAACUCUGUGGAUGGAAAUUAUAAUAAUGCAGUUCUGGUGACUGGAGAUGAUUUCGGAUUAGUUAAAUUGUUCCGAUUUCCUUGUCUAAAAAAAGGAGCGAAGUUUAGAAAAUACGUUGGCCAUUCAGCCCAUGUGACAAAUGUCCGUUGGUCUCAUGACUUUCAAUGGGUAGUUAGCACUGGAGGUGCAGAUCAUUCUGUUUUUCAAUGGCGAUUCAUUCCAGAAGGUAUUACAAACGGGAUCCUUGAAACUAUACCCCAAGAAAGUGGCAUAGAUUCCCACAGUGAAGAAUCAGAUUCAGAUUUAUCUGAUGUGCCAGAAUUAGACUCGGAUAUUGAGCAAGAGGCUCAAAUCAACUACGUUCGACAGGUUUACAAAGAAGACCUACCUCAGCUGAAACAGCAAAGUAAAGAGAAAAACCACUCAGUGCCCUUCCUUAAAAGAGAACGAGCCCCUGAGGACAGUUUAAAACUGCAAUUUAUACACGGUUAUAGAGGUUAUGACUGUCGCAACAACUUGUUCUACACACAGACUGGGGAGGUAGUUUACCAUAUUGCUGCUGUUGCUGUUGUGUAUAGUAGACAACAACAUACCCAAAGGCUGUAUCUUGGUCAUGAUGAUGACAUCCUUAGUCUAGCCAUCCAUCCUGUGAAAGAUUAUGUUGCUACUGGACAGGUUGGGAGGGAUGCUGCGAUUCAUGUUUGGGAUACGCAGACGCUUAAAUGUUUGUCACUGCUAAAAAGCCAACACCAAAGAGGAGUGUGUGCUCUUGAUUUUUCAGCUGAUGGGAAAUGUUUGGCGUCUAUUGGCUUAGAUGAUAAUCAUGCCAUAGUUCUCUGGGACUGGAAAAAAGGAGAGAAGAUGGCAGCAACCAGGGGUCACAAAGACAAGAUAUUUGUGGUGAAAUGCAAUCCUCAUCAUGCUGAUAAACUAGUGACAGUUGGAAUUAAGCACAUCAGAUUUUGGCAACAAGCAGGUGGUGGUUUUAUCUCAAAACGUGGUGUCUUUGGAAAUAUUGCCAAGCAAGAAACCAUGAUGAGUGCUUCCUAUGGGCGAAUAGAGGAUUUAGUUUUCUCUGGAUCUGCAACAGGAGACAUUUACAUUUGGAAGGAUGUUUUGUUGCUCAAGACAGUGAAAGCUCAUGAUGGGCCUGUAUUUGCGAUGCACGCCUUAGAUAAGGGCUUUGUGACAGGUGGCAAGGAUGGUGUGGUGGCCCUUUGGGAUGAUACUUUUGAGAGAUGUCUGAAGACUUAUGCCAUUAAAAGAGCAGCACUGUCACCCGGCUCUAAAGGAUUACUGCUAGAAGAUAAUCCAUCCAUCCGUGCCAUUACUUUAGGACAUGGGCAUAUCCUGGUGGGAACAAAGAAUGGAGAAAUCCUUGAAAUUGACAAAAGCGGUCCCAUGACUCUACUCGUGCAGGGGCACAUGGAAGGUGAAGUGUGGGGUUUGGCAGCUCAUCCUCUCUUGCCAAUCUGUGCAACAGUGAGUGAUGAUAAAACUCUGAGGAUCUGGGACCUUUCCUCCCAGCAUCGUAUGCUAGCUGUAAGAAAACUUAAGAAAGGUGGACGAUGCUGUGCCUUCUCUCCUGAUGGUAAAGCCUUGGCCGUAGGAUUGAAUGAUGGGAGUUUUCUGGUAGUCAAUGCUGAUACUUUAGAAGAUAUGCUCUCUUUUCAUCACCGAAAGGAAAUGAUCUCUGACAUCAGAUUUUCUAGGGAUUCAGGAAAAUACCUGGCAGUGGCUUCCCAUGACAAUUUUGUGGAUAUUUACAAUGUACUUACCAGCAAAAGAGUUGGCAUUUGCAAAGGAGCAUCAAGCUAUAUCACCCAUAUUGACUGGGAUUCAAGAGGGAAGUUACUGCAAGUCAAUUCUGGUGCCAAAGAACAAUUAUUUUUUGAAGCACCAAGAGGAAAGAGGCAUAUAAUAAGACCCAGUGAGAUUGAGAAGAUUGAAUGGGACACCUGGACAUGUGUCCUUGGCCCUACCUGUGAAGGAAUUUGGCCCAUGCACAGCGAUGUCACCGUUAUCAAUGCAGCAUCUCUUACCAAAGAUAGAACCCUAUUAGCUACAGGGGAUGACUUCGGGUUUGUAAAGCUCUUCAGAUAUCCAGUAAAGGGUCAGCAUGCCAAAUUCAAGAAGUACGUGGGUCACAGUGCUCACGUCACCAAUGUCCGGUGGUUACAUAAUGAUUCUGUGCUGUUGACGGUGGGUGGAGCAGACACCGCCCUAAUGAUCUGGACUCGAGAAUUUGUGGGAACCCAAGAAAGCAAGCUAGUUGACAGUGAAGAGUCAGAUACUGAUGCAGAAGAAGACGGAGGUUAUGAUAGUGAUGUUGCACGAGAAAAAGCAAUUGACUACACCACAAAGAUCUAUGCAGUGAGCAUCCGAGAGAUGGAGGGCACGAAGCCACACCAGCAGCUGAAGGAAGUUCCCAUGGAAGAAAGGCAGGGAAUUGUCAAGGGAUCAAGGCCACCGGUUAGCAGGGCUCCUCCGCCACCCGAGAAACUGCAAAAGAACAAUGUCAACAAAAAAAGAAAACUGGUCGAGGAGUUAGCUUUAGAUCAUGUAUUUGGAUACCGUGGAUUUGAUUGUCGCAACAACCUGCAUUACCUCAAUGAUGGUGCUGAUAUUAUUUUCCACACUGCUGCUGCAUGCAUCGUUCAAAAUCUUUCUACAGGAAGUCAGACUUUCUACCUGGAACAUACAGAUGACAUCCUCUGCCUAACCGUCAACCAGCACCCAAAGUAUAAAAACGUUGUGGCCACCAGCCAGAUUGGUGAUAUGACAGAAUUUCCAGGUACAACACCUUCUAUCCACGUAUGGGAUGCUAUGACUAAGCAGACCUUGUCUAUGUUGCGUUGCUUUCAUUCCAAAGGUGUGAACUAUGUCAACUUUAGUGCUACUGGCAAACUCCUAGUGUCUGUAGGAGUUGACCCCGAACACACAAUCACAGUCUGGAGAUGGCAGGAAGGAGCUAAAAUUGCAAGCAGAGGAGGGCACCUGGAGAGGAUUUUUGUUGUAGAGUUUCGUCCAGAUUCAGACACCCAGUUUGUAUCUGUGGGAGUGAAGCACAUGAAAUUCUGGACUCUGGCUGGAAGUGCUUUGCUGUAUAAAAAGGGAGUCAUUGGUUCUUUGGAAGAUGCCAAAAUGCAAACGAUGCUUUCUGUGGCCUUUGGAGCUAAUAAUCUUACCUUCACUGGUGCCAUCAAUGGAGAUGUUUAUGUCUGGAAGGAUCAUUUUUUAAUUAGACUAGUGGCCAAAGCUCACACGGGUCCUGUCUUUACAAUGUACACAACACUUCGUGAUGGACUUAUUGUUACUGGAGGAAAGGAGAGACCAACGAAAGAAGGAGGAGCUGUGAAACUCUGGGAUCAAGAGAUGAAGCGAUGCAGAGCCUUUCAGCUUGAGACCGGACAGAUUGUGGAGUGCGUGCGUUCCGUGUGCCGAGGGAAAGGCAAAAUUUUAGUGGGGACCAAAGACGGGGAAAUCCUUGAAGUUGGAGAAAAAAAUGGCGCUUCUAACCUGCUGAUUGACAGCCACAUGGAAGGAGAGAUUUGGGGCUUGGCUACUCAUCCCUCCAAAGAUAUCUUUAUCUCUGCUAGCAAUGAUGGCACUGCGAGGAUAUGGGAUCUUGGCGAUAAGAAACUCCUGAAUAAAGUGAAUCUGGGCCAUCCUGCCAGGUGUGCCGCCUAUAGCCCUGAUGGUGAAAUGGUUGCCAUUGGUAUGAAGAACGGAGAGUUCAUCAUCUUGCUCGUGAACAGCCUCAAAGUUUGGGGUAAAAAAAGGGACCGGAAGUCAGCUAUCCAAGACAUCAGAAUAAGCCCCAAUAACCGAUUUUUGGCAGUGGGGUCACAAGAACAUACGGUUGACUUCUACGACCUCACACAAGGCACGACCUUGAACCGGAUUGGCUACUGUAAAGACAUCCCAAGCUUUGUCAUUCAGAUGGAUUUUUCCGCAGACAGCAAAUAUAUUCAGGUGUCAACGGGUGCCUACAAACGCCAGGUCCAUGAGGUGCCAUUAGGAAAGCAGGUGACGGACGUGGCCCUGAUUGGAAACAUCACCUGGGCCACCUGGACAAGCAUUCUUGGAGAUGAAGUCAUUGGCAUUUGGCCCCGAAAUGCAGAUAAAGCUGAUGUCAAUUGUGCCUGUGUGACUCACGCUGGCUUAAACAUUGUCUCCGGAGAUGACUUUGGACUUGUCAAACUCUUUGACUUCCCAUGCACUGAGAAAUUUGCCAAACAUAAGCGUUAUUUUGGCCAUUCUGCACAUGUCACCAAUAUACGCUUUUCUCAUGACGACAAGUAUGUUAUCAGCACAGGAGGGGAUGACUGCAGUGUGUUUGUUUGGCGAUGCCUUUGAAGUCGGUUCUUUCGGGCGUCGCUCUUGCUGCCACCGCCGUGCGAGUGCCAAACAGUGCACACUAAGGAAUGCCUUCAAGACCCCAGGAGCCAGCGGUGUCAAACACUGUGUGGAUGAAAUCUAUAUGCAGCCAUGAUAGAUGCCACAUUGAGACCCAACCAUGCAGCCAUUAAGAGUGCAAAAAAGUGUACAUUUUUUUAAAAAAAGCCUAAACCAGGGGUGCAGAACCUGUGGCUCUCCACCUUUUGGACUCCCAAAUGCCUACAACGUCUACCAGCAUGACCAAUGGUCAGGGACUAUCACAGUUGCAGUCCAUCAAGAACUGGAGGGCUACAGGUUCUCCCUGACACCUAGCAGAAGCGUCAUGUUGUUCAGGUGGCAUUAAAUCUCUUUUGCCAAAAUCAGUUCCGGAAAUCUGUAGAGCUUGGCCCAAUGUGGAAGCAAACUUCAAGUAGUACAUUAGAAAAACAAACAUGUUUGCGUUUGGAGAUCAUUGACAUUCCUGUGUAUGUCUACUCAAAGGUAUCCCUGUCUUAAGUGGAACUUAGUCCCAGGGGACUGUACAAGAUAACACUUUUAAACCAGCCAAUUCAAAACAUUAUUUGAUGAGGAAUGUGUUGUAAAGAAUGCAUUGGCUGGUUUUCUGCUUCUCCAGUGACCAAAUACUCGUCUUUCUUUCCCCAAGAUUUCAUUAAAAAUAAUUUAAUUUUGCCAGUUUUCUAUGAAGUGCCUUUUGAAAGCUUUUCCAUAGGGCAGGAUACAACUUUGCUUCCUGCCAGAGUCUGCUUUCUACUCACGGUGCUACAACUUACCCAACUGAGGAGGGCUGACAAAAGUCAUUUUCUUCCCCUCGAUGUAUACAGUUUCCUUCUGCUUUUUGUUUUGUCUUAAUAGUUUAACUGAAUCUCCACCAGGUCUUUCACAGAAAAGAUGAGCAGGUACAUUGUGAGGGAAAUGCAGUAAGUAGCUACAGGUUAGUAAAUCCAUCUCAUGUGGAGAUCAGUCUUUUAAGAUAGAACUUGAAAGGGAAAGUCAGAUGAAGUUAAGAGUCUGUGCACAGAUUAUUCUUGGAGUCUUUUCUGCCUUCCCCACCUGAAAAUUUUUCCUCUGCUUUUCCCAGCCAGUGGCAACAGCAGUGGAAGACCAACCUUCCUCAUCAGUUCCCUGAUGAGGUGUUUCAAGGACAUUCAGUCCUCUCACUGAGUUUAUGGGCGGACAACUUGGCACAUUCACAAACUCUCUGGUGGCUGGGGACCAAGUAGCUCAGGAACGUGGUUCUUGGCGCAGAGGAGCCAAACAGGAGCAGUGGUUCAGCAUGCAUUUUCUCAAUGGCUGCUAACCAUAAAGGCCAUAUAUUAAACACCACCAGAAGCCAGAUUUCAUAAACAGUAUGCCUGUGAAUGCUAGUAUCUGGCUGGCUACUGUGAGAAUACAACUGAGUUACUGCUGGUCCACCAGGCCUUGUCUUAUCUUCCUACAUGGGAGAAUGUCCUAGUUCAGUGUGUUGUUACUAAAGGAGAAGAGACCAAAGGGAUCUGUGAUGAAAAUCGAGGAAGUUUUCUUUUUUUCAAAAUCACUGGAAGGUCUGUGUUGAAGACUAAUUGAAAGACAAGUUGACUUUAGGAGCAAUCAGACAAGCAUAUAACUCACUAUUUGGUUUGGUUUUGGUGCAGUUUGGUUCACCCUAUUUUCCAGUGACCAUGUGUGCUUUACAUAAGAGCAUCUUGCCCCCUUUGCAAGCUGUUCUGCUCAUUUCUGGCACAUGUUAGGGCUGCAAUUCAGUGUGAUUAGGAGUGCUCCUAAUUAUCUCAUUCUGCAGUCUGUGUGGUUGCUUAAUUUGCUCCCAAACAGAGCUAUGGGCAGCGUUAAUUUCAGUGACAACCCUGUGACGUAUGCAGUGAGUUGUGACAGUAGAAAGGAUGGUAGGGAAACCGUAUCCUCCCUGGAACUGCCCAGAGGUAGUGGGCUGACCACUAGAUGGAGGGGCGGGGAGGGAUUUAAAUAAAUAAAUAUUUUCCUUUUCUCAUAAUUUUCUAAAAAUAUUCUCCUAUGUGAUACAGCACUAUUUCAGAUUUAAGGGAGUAUCCAUGAUAGGUUGAUGUAUUGCUGUAGUGCUAUGCCACUUAUUAAAAGAAAAAAAAAGAAAUCACUGCAGCCCAUGGAAUGACAGGCAUGCCAAAAUGUGAAAGGGAUGGGAGGGAGCAUCAAUAAUUAAAAGAGGGAGAAAUUGGAGCAAUCCUAAGUGCUGUCUGGAUCCUUGUCAUGGGAGAACAAACGUCUCCUGUGUGAAUGGAAGGAUUAUUUAAGUGAGAUAUAAAAUAGAUCACACCGAAGAUAAGAGCCUUUUAAAUGCAACUUGGAUAGCUCCAAAUUCCCCCAUCUAGUUGCACCCUGUUAGCUGUGGCAAGCAAUACUCUGCAAAAAGAUACCUCCCCCACAUAAGACUGAUAGGGAGCAGAAUUGAAAGUGCAAAUUACAUUUGUUCCAAAAAGCAUUUGCUUGGAAGUCCACAAGAGUAAGCAGCUCACACAAGGUCCAAGACAAAAAGCCAGAAUUACCCGGAAUAAUACAAAGGAAAAUCAAUGUAUAAAACACAAAGUGCUUCAGUAAACUCAAUAAACUACCAUUUGUUGAGAAUUAUUUUAUCAAUGGAAUAUAUGCCUUACAACCCUCUUAUUAUUUCAGAUCCAGAAAUCCCUAUGCAGUUUUUUUUCCCAUUCAUAUAGUAAGGAAAGUUUGCUAUAUUAGACCAUGUAACCAGAUCAAGUCGGUGAUGUCAGGUGGUCACCUUGUAUGCCUAUGUUGUAAUGUUGGCCUUUCAUAUUGAUUGUAUCUUAAAAGUAUAUGAUUAUGACUUGCUAUAUGGUGAAAUUGUGCAAAAAUAUUUAAGAGCAAUAGUGUGUGUGAGUGUGUGCGCCAGGAAGAGAUUUGUUCUAUUACGGUUUGAUUUUAGAUAAAUUAUGCUCAGACUUGAUGCUGUAUUAUAAUGUAAAUUAAAAUAACAGUGCAUGAGUUUAUUUUUCAAAUGAUCCAGUAAAAGAUUUAUGAUUUCAAAACCAGCCAUGUGUCAG